AUGUCCAAUGAAGAGCACUUUGAGCAAAGUCGUGAAGUCUGGUCUACUGCCGAUAGUACUUAUGGGAAUGAGCACGACCAUAUAGGCCAAGACAGUCACGGGAGUCUCCAGGAACAAUGCUUGGUAGACUCCCAGACUAUAGUUCCUGAGCACAGCGAUGCAUCAUUGGUCCUACUCGAGGACAACUCAGAUGUACCACCAUCCCCUACGAAUUCCACGUCCUGGGUCAUCGAUAAUACGCUGAGUAACCUUCUCUUUCAAAUUUUCCAAAGCCCUGGAGAGGAAAUAGCAUUUAAUUAUUUCUUCAAGAGGGUUUGCACAUGUAUACCAGCCCAUGACAGCACCAAAAAUCCAUGGAGAAAUUUAGCGCUGGUAUCUCUGUCACACCCAGUGCUCCUCCAUGGGAUUCUAUCGGUUGCCACAGCUCACAUGCACAAUUGCGGGCGGAGCAACGUAAGUGUGCUCUCGUCACGCCAAAGUCGAGCCCUACACUCCUUACAGGCCGCUCUCAACGCACUACAGGAGAGUAGAGAACGGCAUAGAGACAUAGGGAAGUCGCCCGACAAGCUUCUCCUACAGGGAGGCGUGUUUUCCAUACUCUCAGCAACUGAGAUUGCACUAGCCGCCGUCAUGAUGCAAACUUCGUCGGUGUUGAUGACCGGUGCGGGAAAUGUUGAGAUGCAUCUGAAAUGCGCACUUCACUUCAUCCAAGACUUGGGAUAUCUCUACCAUCCUCCAGAUUCCAUCUUCUCAAGAACCCUCGUGAACCGAUUUGCUAUGGUCGAUGUCGUUCAUGCCCAUCUACGUUUCCGGCGGCCCCUGGCCUCAUUUGACUUUUUCAUGUACCAGGAAAACGAAAAGCUGGAUCACGGAGACCCAGCGUUCCGGGAGAUGCAUGGAUGUGACCAGCGCGUUCUUUGCUUUCUGGCUGAGAUAGCUGUGCUCAGUGCCGAUCUAUUGGAUGGCAGGACCACGCAUGAUCUAGUCCAGGCCAAGGCAUAUACUUUGGAAACAGAGAUGCGCAUAUGGGGUCACAAGUAUGACAACUCUAUGAUCCGCGGUGCCUCAAUGUCCAAAGCUGCAACGCAGGCCUCAUUUUCACGACCAUCCGCUCUGUCUUUGAGCGGCAUUUCUAUCCUGGACAUUGUCUGCGAAUGUUUCUACUGGACGGCUCAGUUACUUCUACUUCGAAGGCUAUUUCUUGACCCCACCAAGUCAUCACGGGUGCAGCUUGUACGGAGGCAUCUAUUUCAAAUCAUGGAUAAACUUGAGCCUGGUUGUGGCCCCGACUCGUCGCUUCCUUUCCCAUUUUAUAUGGCUGCGCGCGAGGCCACCACUUUGGAGGAAAGGAAUUGGGUACGACGUAAGCACGCCGCGAUGAUGGAGGUAUAUCGUGACCGUUCAAGGGAAUAUAUGAUGGAAUACACCGAGAAGAUCUGGAACAAUGCCGCAUCGGCGGAAAAUUCCAGUGCAAGUAACGAUACCCUAUCAUGGCGCACACCUCGAGAACAGUAUAUUCGAGACCUAGAUAAACAAAGCACCUACUUCAUGUUCUAG